UGUUUGACUGCUGCUCCAGUUGCAAAUGUACCCGAAGCUCAUCCCUCCUACCUGACUGAGGCACACAUUAAUCUCGCUCAUGUGACAUGCACACAGUCAGAGCCGGGGCGAAGGUUAGCUGUGCUCCUCACUUCAAUCACAAAUCCUCAAGAUGUCUCCUCCGCUGGCUGUCCUUAUCUCCCUCUGCCUCUUCUUUGGCCUCCCCGGGUCGGCAAGCUGCCUCUACAAACAGUGGGUCCCCGACACCAGCUUUGAGAAUGCGACCAACUGGGACAAGGGGGUGGUGCCCUGUGGUAGCGACAAGGUCCAGUUCCUGGCGGACAGGCAGGUGUCCGUGUACGUGAGGGAGGUCCACUCCAUCCAGGAGAUGAAGCUGCCAGUGAACGGGGAGUUCAUACUGGCAUCGGGAGCUGGCUUCACGGUGGGUGGUGGACAAGAUAGCAGCUGCGGCACAGGUGUCACGGUCCAGUUCCGGGACUCUGAGACGGCAAAGUGGUUUGACCCCGCUCUGUGGCGGGCGGCCUCCUCUUCGGAGGACCUGGACAAAGGCCGGUUCUUGUUCUCAGUGCACGAGGAGAGUGUGCCCUGCAGCCAUGACGACGUGGUGUUCCGGCCGGACACCUCCUUCCGCGUUGACACUACGGCGGGGCAGCAGAGCCUCCGGGUAAAGAGCGUGUCUGUGCUGGGGCAGAAGUUUCGCGAAAACGCCGGGUUCUCCCGGUACCUUGCGUCACGCUCUGGUCGGCUUCAGUUCCACGGAGACGCCGGCCCCGUCGUCGGGAGCCCUGCUUGUGACGACAGCUCUGGCUGUGACUGCGGUAAUUCCGUGCACCAUGGCAGGAUCUGCUCGGGCAUGGACUGCCCCCGUUUGGACUGUACGAAGCCCCUUCGUCCCGUAGGACACUGCUGCGAUGUGUGUGGUGCCAUCCUCCACUUGAAGAUCUCCGGCAGAUUCAACCUGGAGACCUACCGCCAGCGGCUACAGCAUCUCCUACUCCACCCACAGUACAAGGCCGUUCGGAUGGGUGUAUCCAAGGUUACCAUGCCCCAGUGGCUGCUGGGUGUGAUCCCACGUGAGGCAGCGACAGAGAUCCAGGUGGUGCUCCUAGAUGAGGAGGGCUUAGGACCUGGGACGGUGGCAGAAGAUGCAGCCCGUGACAUCAUGAAGGACAUCCAGUCCCAGGGGGCACUCUUCGGCAUCGAGGACGCGGAGCUCCAGGCGUCCUCAGGCAACGAAGGCACCGGUGACAGGGCAGGGGUGGUGGUGGGCGCUGUGCUGGGAGCCCUGGCUUUGGUGGUGUCCCUAGUCGUCUUGGGCUUCCUGUUCUACCGUGGGGUUAUCCGGGUGCCUUCCCUCCCCUCGCUGCCCAGCUGGAGGAAGAACAGCGAGAUCGGGGAGUUGGGGGGGCCCAUAGAUCACGGCUUUGACAACCCCAUGUUCAACAAGCCCUCCCAGGUCCCUGGCUCGGGCGGACUAUUUGGGACGGACAGCCUGAGCACCAUCACCGUGACAGACCUGGGGGUCCACUUUGUCAACCCUGCCUAUGAUGAGACCAACUUCAAUGCCUGAGUAUGAUAUCAAGAGAAUGAUAUCAUUAUCAUCACAAAACGUCUUCAUCUGAGCAUCACUUUACUGGGAUUCAAUCAUGCCUGAAAACAUGUCAGUACUUCUUAAAAGCUCUUUCCUUUUUUCUAUGAGUGGUUUCAUACUGUCCUUUUUCAGCGGAACAGCACAGAAAGAUUUCUUCACUGAGAGUUUCACUUGAGUUCGCUUUCACAGAAUAAGAGCACUAACUAAUUUUAUUGGUGACAUCAUUUCUC